GUGUUGAAAAGGCAGCAUUUCUUCCUGGUUCAGGAGACAUUCAGACGGAGCGUUGGCACACAGCUUCCUUGUCCACCAUGAAGAUCACUGUCGCUCUCGUAGCGUGUUGCCUUGCUGGGGUCACCGUUGGAUUUGUCUUUAAACCACCAUGCGAGAUACAGCAGCAUACAUGCUAUGAUAUGAGCGAGUGCCCACCGGGUACCCAGCCUUUGGCAUCCCUCUGCCUGAAUGACGCCCUAUGUUGUGUUGGAACUCCAACUCCACCCCCAUGUGGUAUACUGGUGACUCCACGUGUCCUCAACGGAGAUCCGGAUAGUCCCGUUGAGAACCCAUGGCUCGUCAAAGUCAUCGACACUGGUACUGGAGACCUAGUCUGUGGGGGUGUCCUCAUCGACAUGGCAUGGAUUGCCUUUGAUGCCUACUGCGCAACAAGUUGUGAAAAGGCUGGAGGCUGCCGUGUGUUGAUGGGGAACUACGAUGCUGCGGCAGAGGAAACACAGGAACAGCACAGGAACCUGACUGUGGUGCAUCUGCAGCCCGAUGUCCUCUUCAAAACAGCCGACCAAUACGAUUCACUUUUCAAUCUUAAUCCAGAGGUUGUUCUCAUCAACAACGUGGCCAUUGCACAACUUUCUGCUCCUAUAACUCCUUCUGACAGAAUCAAUCGUGUGUGUCCACCCUCAGAUGUGUACAAUGUGUUCCGAUCACCACGAAACUGCAAAGUAGCUGGCUUCGGAUAUACAGAUCAAGCAGAGACCACCAAUCCUCAGGUGUCCGGGGUCCGCCAGGUUGUUGAUGCCGUCAUCAUUGAUGAUAGCACCUGUGAGCACAUCCGAGGCACGCCUCAACCGCCCACAACACACUGCGGCGUUUUAACCAAGACGGACACGGGGAUUUGUCGCGGUGACAACGGAGGUGCUUUGGUCUGCCAGAACGACACUUCCAGCUUCUGGACAGCGGAGGGAAUCGUGUCCUACUACACCAACGGCAACGGCGCCUGCAGUGAUCAGCUUUUCAUCUUCACAGACAUUUACGGAGCGUGGGACUGGAUACAAGACACAAUUAACGGCGUUUAAGCCCAUUAUCGACACCACGAGCUUGAAUACACCACGUUCCCCAAUCACCCGUGAAGACAUUCGGCCACAAUGCUGUGGGGUGUUGACACGCAUAGUUUAAGUCAGCAACAUAAAUGAGGUCGUGUGUAACUGAGACUUUUUUGCAUAAGAUUUUUUUGUACCCUACUAUUGGCUGUUUUGUUCGAGCAGUAUGUUGAUCCAAAGGGCGUAGCAAAACGCUUUUUGUGAGUGUCGUGUAUGUAUCUGGAAGCUGAUUUGUCGGAACACGCUGUUGGUUAAAAUAGCUUUUUACCACAUCGCGGCCGUAUGUAUCAACGGGUGAUGUAGGGUAUGCUGUUGCUUUGAAAUAAAAUCUGCAUUUAUA